AUGGCGGAAUGCUUGGGAAGACUUAUUGGAAAUCUUGUUGAGAAUGGAGAGUUUAGAGGACUGAAACCUUCAUCUGCAGACCAAGUGUGCUCUCAUCAGCAAUUUGUGGAUGAUUCAAUUAUUAUGGGUAAUUCUUCUGUGAAAGAUUCUAGAAGCCUAAAGAAAGCUUUGGAUAGAUAUGGGAGUGCAACUGGUCAACUGAUUAAUUGGUCUAAUAGUUUUGUUUAUUUCAUAAACACUCCAGAGAGAAGACAGACAAAGAUCAGUGCUAUUUUGGGUAGCCAAAUUGGGAAUCUCCCUGCUUCCUAUCUUGGGCUCUCUUUAUUUCAGGUUCCUCCUGAUACCUUUCGAGGUGCUCUGGUGGAUAAAGUUCAUAAGAAGUUAGCUGGAUGGAAAGGCUCUUUGCUCAGUCAAGCUGGAAAAGUCCAGCUUCUGAAAUCUACCCUCCAGAGCAUCCCUCUUUAUGCCAUUAGUCUUUUUAGAAUUCCUGUUAAGUUUGCAGAGGCUAUUUAA